AUGUCGCUGGGCAAGCUUUCCUUGCAAGACAGCGGUGCGCUGUUGGCAUCCCCGGUGAGCCCGGAUGUGUCGGCUGUGCAGGGCAUCUACAACGUGCUCGUGGCAAACAUCAAUCUCAGGAGAACCAUGACGCAGCUUCAGGAGGUUGCCAACCUUGGCAGUGAGUCCGAGGCCAUGCAAAGCCUGCGCAGUCAGAUGAAGGAUGCCAACAAGACAAUGCUAUCGCAAGAGCAGGCCAUGGCAGAUCUGCUUGGCGAGAUCACGUCCAUGGCCAGUUCUUGGAGUUCGUUAGCAAUGUCGGUGUCGUUGGCCCAGGUUCCAGCAGCGGAAAUGUGCGAAGUGUUGGGUUUGUCCAGGGUACUGCUCAAGCUCAAGGCUGUGAAGGAGGUUGAAGACUGCAACGUGGAUGCCUUGGCCGAGGCACUUGACGAAAAUCUCAAGAACUUCAGCAACCAAUGUGGAGUCGAAGAGGAGCAAGCAACCUUCGAGCGUCUCCGUGAUGAGCUCGAACAGGCAAAGAAAGACCUUAGCAAGCUGGAUGAGGACUUGAUUGAACAAGAGCUCAAGUUGGAUGAGUUUCUGGCCGAAAACCACUUCAUCAUGCGGCAGGUGCGGUUCUUAGCUGAGAUGGAAAAGGUGGCUGGAAUCCAAUCAGACACAAUGAAGGCUUUGAAGGAAGCCCACCAUGCGCAUCAGCUAUCAACCGUUGGCAGGUUCGGCUUAGAUGUGCUUGGAGAUAUCCUCUUGCUGGGUAUGCGUCAGUUCCGUAAUCGAUCGCGGAAGAGGGAGCAGAUCGCUGCAGAGGACUAUGAGGAUUUCAAGAGCAACUUUGACAGAAAAUUUGGUGAGGUGGACUCUGAGGAAUUCGCCGCGAAGAAGUCACAGCUCGAGGCAGACAUGGAGAAGAAGCAGGCCCUCAUCAAAGCUGCGGUGGCAUCCAAAAAGCACCUCAUGGAUUCCAGGGACGAGAAACACAAGUACAUUGAGGCCAAGAAGGUGGAAGUCGUUGCAGCAAGGAGCAGUGUCAUGAAGAAGCUGGCAAGCAUCGAUACUGCUAGUGUCGCACAAUACAAGAAGGUGUGCGAUGCCAGCAUGCAGUUUGGCCAACAAAGGUCCCGUCGAGGUGCCUUCCAGAUGUUUGCCAGUCAGGCGAUUAAGUCAAUUGAGGCCUACCAUCAUUUUGUUGGCAAUCUUGCGGUUGCUGACUGGGAUGCACAAAAGACCACCAUGACGAAGAUCGUGUCUAGUGAGUGCGGAUGGGGUGUGCUUGCUCCAGCGCUGGGUUAUGUGCAAAAAGUUUGCACCCCAUUGGGUCUUCUCAUGACUGGUGACCCGGCAAGCAAGGAGGAUAUCCCGAAGUUGGCAUCGUUGGUCUCUCCUGCGACCAAGCUCAUCAAUGCUCUCAACGACGGCAAUCGAAGUCAGCUGCCCAAGCUGGCAGACCAAGGGUCAAACCAUGCUCACAGUCCUCCUGCGCUGAAGGACCAAGUCAGCUCCCCGCCUGAUGCCAACGCUCCCCCAGCUCAGCCUUCGGCUGCAACCUCUGACGCUGAAAAGCAGCGUCCUACGCCUGCCAUGCCUGCAGAGGCAGAUGAUGACCUUAUGGACUUGCUCUGA